UUUCACUUUGUUUUCGGGGUUGAUUAUGUGUUAGGCUAUGGUCGUAUUUUGUGUAUAGCGAAUAACUUCUGUAUUAGAUUCCUGGACAUUCUCAUGUGUAAAUGUACCUGCAGGCAGUUCGCAACCAAAUCGGAAAAUCGUGAGGGCUGGACUAUGGGCGGAGAUUUUGUACAACACCCUCGAGGCAGAUUUCUCGGCUCAUUCUAGUUUCACCUGCUCGCGCGCUGUCACUUGUUUUCAGCAUACGUGGACAACGGACACACAUUGUCGUCGAUACUCGAUAAAUAGCUUAAUAGUUCAGAUCCAAACAACACAUUGUGGCUUUCCACAACUGAAGCGGAGAACACUUACGACAUCCCGUUACUGUCCACAUUAGGAAGAACAUUCAUUUUGGAAGGAUGGGUUCAUCCUCGUACUUGCUGGGUGUCUUCAUCACUGCUAUGUUUCUGCAAGCCAGCAGCAGUAGUAUACCAACAAUUGUUGGCUUGUAUGGAGAGACCAUUGAAGUCCCCUGCAACAACGGAUUAGUCCAAUCCGAUGACCUUAUGUUCACCAAGUGGAAAUAUGCGAAAGACGACGGUACCCAUGGCGACCUCCUGGUGAAGCAGGCACACAAGGAGGAGGCCACCAUCCAGGCCACAGACGGCUACAAAGCCAGGGUGAGCAUCUCGGCCAACUUCAGCCUGCUCAUCACCAAGGCAACGCUGGACGACCAGAGGGUGUUCACCUGCAUGCUGGUGUGGGGAACCAACGUGGAGGAGUACCCAGUGGAAGUGGAAGUGCGCAAGAGUCCAUUGCCACCCCAGAUCAAAGAUAAAGCCAAAGAAUUGGAAAAUGGAAAGCUAACAAAACUUGGGGAGUGCGCUGCCAAUGAUGCCAACCCUGCUGCAGAUAUAACAUGGACCAAAGAUGGCCAGACUCUAGUCAGUGAUGACAAAACAAUUUUGAUCAUUCAGAAGGUCACAAAGGACCCAAGCACUGGCCUGUCGUCCACCUCCUCGGUUCUGCAGUACACUGCAGGCAAAGGGGACGUGGGCUCCCAGUUCAUCUGCGUGGCCACACAGGAGGGAGCGACCCAGGCAUCAGCUCCAGAGAUCUUCACCAUCCACUACCCCACAGAGAAGGUGAGCCUGCAGGUAAUCAAUAAGGGUCCCAUUAAAGAAGGAGAUGACAUCACUCUGAAGUGCCACGCAGAUGGCAGUCCUCCCCCCACCAGUUUCAACUUCUACCUGAAGGACAAGAAAGUGCCUGUGAUGGACAAUGACACUUUGACUCUACCCAGUGUCACACGACAGAGCGCUGGGGAAUACAAGUGCUCUCUGCUUGAUGACGAGAGCAAGCAGGAUUCACAAGACAUUGAUGUACACUACCUGGAUCUCAGCGUCAGCCCCUCGGGGACGGUGCAGAAGAACCAAGGGGACUCCUUGGAGGUGACAGUGGAGACGAAUACCUCUGGUGUGCCCCAGGUCUCAUGGACCAAGGACAACGAGAAGCUAGAUAAGGAGCCUCGUUUCGGGCCACUGUCAUAUCAAGAUGCUGGGCUGUAUGUGCUCGAGGUAUCUGUGGCCGGAAUUAAGAAAAGCCAUUCCUUCGAGCUGGAUGUGCAGGGCAAGCCUACGAUCAAGCAGCUGACUGAGAAGGCCAGCUCAGAUGGGAACUCCAAAGUCCUGAUCUGUGAGGCGGACGGCUCGCCUCAGCCCGAGGUCCAGUGGAGCAUCAACGGCACCAAUGAAAAAAGCUCCUACAACCAGGGACAGGUUAUUCACCGAAUCACCGUGGUGCCAAGCAAGAAUCUGACUGUUCUGUGUACAGUGACAAACAGCCUGGGAGAGGACUCCAGGGCUAUAUAUGUGCCAUCUGUUAUUGUGGAGGAAGUGCCAGAAGGAGACAGAUCCACCGGCAACGACCAGGCCAAGCUCAUCGUUGGCAUCGUGGUUGGGCUUAUCUUGGCCGCUGCCAUCGUGGGUCUCAUCUACUGGCUCUACAUGAAGAACUCCAGGCAAGGCAGCUGGAAGACCCGAGAGAAGGAGAUGGGUACUUCUGAGGAGGAGAAGAAGCUGGAGAACCACAAACCAGAGGUGUAGAGCUAUCAGAGGCACACAGGAGGGAAGGAGCAGUUGCAAGGCCUUGUCACACUGAACCUGUUGUAACGCCAUCUGAAUGAUGUCUGAAAGCCCUCAUCAGACUUCUCAUAUGCAGCACGUAUUGCAGAAUACUCUCCAAGUCCAGACGAAUGGAUUCCUACAAAAAAUCUCCUCCAGACAUGUCUGACUGAUGUCAUUUGUGUUUUGUAUCUCACCUGCACUGAAGACUGCUCUUUACGUUUCCCCCUGUGUUCCUGCUGACCGAUCAUUCCCCCAGAAACAUAUUGCUGGUUGGGUGGGCUCUGCAAUUGCUUUUCUUGGUAGAAAAUGUAAAGUUCGCGGUAAAGUUGUAAAGUUCCCGGUCCAUGUUUUCAGGCCUUUGUAAAUAGCUGCAGUUCAUCAGCAUAUGCCACCAUGUUUUUGAGAUUAGGAAUGUUGUAUCAUCUGGGACCUGCCAACCUCGGGGUCACCGUAGGGAUUAUUAUUCUGAGGGUUGAUUGGCCCUAGAGGCCUGAAGUCUUCACUGCUGUUACACUUUGUUUUUCUGUAGGUUACCUUUCAAGUGUUUUGAUUUGAUUUGAUGGCUUUUUCACAGCAGUACCUUCAUUUUUUUUUUUUUUUUUUACACUUUGUUAAAGAAAGUCACAUAAAGAGCAAAAUAAUAAUAAGCACUAGCCUUGCAAUGUGGCUUGUGUAUUACCUUAAUUGGGUUCCAGCAUCAUCAUACACCUCUUUGCUCACCUGUUAACUGGUAGCACUGUCCAGACUAUUGAUAUCCUUAGCUUGAAAGUUCUUCUAAUGAGCCAUUAUACAGCUGAAGAGAGUUUGGCAGUUGGCCUUUAAAAUGUUUGGCUCCGCCUCCACAGGGACGACCUUCUAGCCUCCCUUUAUUCUAUGCCAGAGGUCAGAGGUCAGAGGUUAGCAUGUCCUAUUUACUUCGGCCUUAAGUGAGAACUACCUUUUUGUUGUGUGCUGGGAUACUAGAGUGUAAAUGUCAGUAGUUGAUGCUUUAUACAUAUUUAAAGAAAACGAUUGGACACUUAAUGUGAAACCUUAUUGAAUGUGCAAAAGCCUCUUUCCCUCAUAUGCUCUCGGGGAAGAUCUCCACGCCUUGUUUCAUGGCACCGGUGUUUUCUUUCUUUUCUUUCUUUCUUUCUUUGUCAGAUCACAAGACACAACACUUCAUCACUUAGAUAUGUUAACACAUUUCACCCCCUUUUAUCUCUGGCAAUUUUUGUUUUGUGUGCCAUACUGUAGUUGCAGAGCCACUGCAUCGUGUCUGUGGUUUGAGAACUAUGUAUAUAUGUUAUUUUAAGUUGUGUUUUGCUAUUUAUACAGUGUGAGAUGCAGAGUUAGCUCUACGUUAGCCUAAUGAUUGGGUAGGAAUAUUGACUUCAAUUUAAUGUUAGUCACAUCAAUAUGUAAGACAUCGAGUACUGACAGCAUGUAACUGCUGGACUGAAGACACUAAAGAGAGAGUACUGAUGAGAGAGAUUGCUAUUUGUUUGCCUCUUACUUGUUUGUAUGAAGCCCUUAAAGAAUCACUUGUGUUUAGGUACUGCAGUUUAUAAUUACAUUACUUCACAUCCAUCAGGUCAGCAGUGAAACCAAAGAGGGUUAAGAGAUGGCCAUACAAGUAUUGUAAAUACAACAUUUUGUUUUUGUACUUUUGUUGAGAAUAAAGUGUACAUUUGGAAGAAAAUGACACAAACUCAA